AUGGCGACGUCGUUCUGGUACUUCGUUCUGAUCGGGCUUUGCAUUCUGGCACAGAUCGCCGACUGCCGGCGGGAAAUCAAGUUCAACUGCACCCUGACGGCCAAUUACUACGACUGCCUGUUUCGGGAUGUGAUCAUUCGCAGUGAGUCGGAGGCGGAUAGCAUCUUUUUCGGUGAGCAAAAUUUCAACGACACCAGCAUAGCAUUUCGGGAUUGCUCCAUGGUUGUAUUGCCGAAAAAGGUGUUUGAGACUUUUCCGGCGAUUCAGUAUCUUUCGAGUGAUGCUUGUAACAUCCAGAAGCUCCUCGGUGGAACGUUCGCCAACGCUCAGCGGCUUCAGGAGCUACAUCUAUAUAACAACAAAAUAUCGAAGCUGAAUAACUUUGUGUUUAACGGAGCUCUGCAGCUGGAAAUAUUAUCACUUUAUAAUAACACAAUCAAAUAUUUGGAGGAACAUGCUUUCGAUGGACUUGGACAUCUGCGCCAGUUGUAUAUGGACGACAACUUGAUUGAAAAGUUACCGGAAAGUUUGUUUUCCGGAUUGGAAGAGCUGCAAGUUUUGGAACUGCAAAACAAUAAAAUAAAGGAAAUCAAUGACGACCAGUUCAUUCUAUGUUCGAUGAUGAGGGAGCUCAACCUUUCCACCAACAUGAUUAAUACGUUCAACAUGACGCAACUGGUUGGGCUGAACAAACUGGAAAUUUUGGAUAUCGGAAAGAACUACUUGGAUGAAGUGUUGGUUACGAAAUAUCUUCGAACACUAAAUGCACAGGAGAAUCAAAUCAGCCGAAUUCUAAUGGACCAAGGAGAUUUCUUUCAGUUGACUCAUUUGAACCUGUCCCGAAACAACAUAGCCAACAUAAACAAUAUUUUCAAGUUUCGCAACCUUAUUGAAUUGGACGUGUCAUACAAUGAACUCAUCACACUUGACUUUGUGAUAUUUGCUUUCAUGAAAAACCUCAAAGACAUUAAGCUUAACAAUAACCAUCUUUGGAUAAUAGACAACGGCAUACCGGCGCCGGCGAAAUCACUUCGCACCCUGAAUCUCGCCCACAAUAAGUUUCUCUUUAUUGACCUAGCUGUGUUUGACACUUUCCCGGCGCUGGAAAACAUCUACCUCCAUGGCAACGAGCUAAUCGAUAUGCGUAUCGAAGAUGUCGAGCAAAACUUCCCCUACCUGGCGCUGGUUUCCACCGACAACAAUGACUGGGACUGCAUUAAUCUGAUGAACAUCGUUACCACGCUGGAGCGGGCGUACGUCAAAUGGUCCGCCGGCAACCGAAACUGCACCAAGCCGGAACAGCACAAGUUCAUCUGCUGCACCUCGACCGAGCACCACCUGCGGGAGAAAAUCGUCCGACUGACCAAGGAAAUCUACAAAUCGCGCAAGAUGAUCAAACAGUUAAUCAUGGAAAAUGCCGAACUGCGAACGGAAGUGGAAACGCAAUUUCUGCCGACCGACUGACUCCUACGCGGCUGGCCAUAAAUAGACAAGAAAGUUUUUCGAAGAUUAAAAAAAAUGCACGGUGGCCAUUUUUCUUUCUUUAUUGUAUUACCAAGGGUUUGCUUUCAACCGAUAAU